UUCCGGUGGUUCUUGUCUUCGUCACCGGGACUAACUCUUCCAGUCGUCGGUGCUCGGUUCCCUCCAUCCGCCGCAGACAUGCCGGAGUACCUGGAUGACCCGUCUGUGCUCACCAAGGACCGGCUGAAGAGUGAACUUCUGGCCCAUAAUGUGGAACUUCCUGCCGGGAACCCCACCAAGGACGUGUACGUGCAGCUGUAUCUGAAGAACCUGACCGCCCAGAACAAGAACCACGUCACGGCCACAACUCUGGACGCCUUCUCCAGCGACGAGGAGCUGCCCCCCCCCGUGGUGUCCAACAGGAGCCGGUCCUCAGGCAGGAAAGCCCCCAGGAAAACAGACCGGGCUCCGCCGGACCAGCUGGACGUGAGUGUCCUGAGCGACGAGGGUCUGAGGGAUGAACUGCUGAAGCACGGUGUGGAUGCAGGACCCAUAGUGGCAUCUACCAGAAAGCUGUAUGAGAAGAAGCUGCAGAAGCUGCUGGACGAUGGGCCGGUGCAGGUGCCCCCUCCGACACUGGUCCUCACAGAGAUAAACCACAAUGGCAACUCUGAGUCGGACCUUUACAGUGACAAGGAGGACGAGGUAACAGUAGAACCGGAACCAGAACCCGACCCCACACCAGAACCAGAACCAGAGCCAGUGGCAGUAACGGAGCCUGAACCCACUCCGGUGGUGGAGGGGCCGGUGAGGAGCCGAGGGAGCAUGGCCGUCAGCAGCCGCACCCACAGCAGCAGCAGCCAACACAGCAGAGUGGAGAAGAUCUCAGCCAGUGAGCAGCCACCAAAGGCACAGGAGACAGAUGUCCUGAAGGAGCUGUUCCCCAACGACAAUGAUACCACAAGUCCAACAGGAAUAACCGCCACCUGUCGACGGCCCAUCAGAGGAGCCGCUGGCCGUCCUGUCAGGUCCUCCGACCUGUGGAACGAUGAGAACUACUUCUCUUCAAAACACAGUAAAUCCACCAGCAGCUUCUGGUCGUCUGCAGAGAGCCGCACCACCAGCAGAGGGAGUGGCCUCCUUGCCUCCACCCCCUCAGCCCUCUCCUCCUCCUCUUCCUCCUCCUCUUCCUCCUCCUCCUCCUCCUCCUCCAGGCUCCUGUCUGCAGCGCCCCCUGCUGCUCAGAACCAGGCGGUGCGGCGCCCCCUGUCUGUGUGGCUCAGGCUGCUGUUGCUGGCCGUGACCGCUGCCUUCCUGUUCUUUGUUUACCAAACCAUGGAGACCGACAACACCAACCCCUUUGACACGGCAGACGCAGCAGCAGCAGCAGCCAGCGACACUAGCGCAUAAUCCAGCACAGGUUCUGCCCAGGAAACCAGCCUGCCCACUUCUGUUAACGUUUAUAUUAUUUUUUAUUUUAUUUUAGAAUUUGCAUUGUAUCUGUUUUUUUUUCAUGGGCAUUGGGAGAAUAUGUGACAUCAGUGCCUGUUGUUUCUGACUAAAUCUGUUUUCUGUGAAUCCAUCAACACAUGCAAUGUUGUCAUGUCAGUGACACUCCCAAGGCAUCACACUGUGAAGAGACAGUGCUGCCUCAAACUUUGACCUUUGACCUCAGUCUGUGAGGUCAUGAAAGCUACUUACUAAUAAUCCACUGACAAAAACAACACACAGAGCGUUCAUAGGAAAGUGUGGAACAUUGUAUUUACUUUUGCUAGCAUUAUGUGUGUGCGUGUGUGCGCGUGUGUGCAUGCGUGUGUGUGUGUGUAUGUGUUUCCACACUGGUCCGUAGUGUCCGUCUCUGACUCGUUAACAGCUGAUGAGCUGCAGAUCAGUGAUAGUUUUGUACUUGACCAUCUUUGUUAGUGACGGUGACAGGAGGUGUGUGCUAUUUUAAUCCAAAUGCUUCUUAAAUUCUAUUUCUCUAUUUUCUUACUGUUCUCUUCAAAUAAAGUUCAAUGUUAUACUCUGGUUUAUUUUAAGAUGUAUUCACUGUCCUAAAUAUUAAAUAUCUACUCAAUAAACUAUUCAGUUACAGAAUGUGAAAGCA